CAAAAAUCGAGACUCCGACUAACUGUCAUGACUAAUGAGACCAGGUCAUCGUUAUCAGGAAAGAAGAAGAUACUUAUUAUAAGCGACGACCAAGAAAAAAAAAAGAAAGACAAAAACUAAAGAAACACAAUAACAAAGUUUCUGUCUUUUCGACUCCAAUUCACUGGGUCGCCCCCCUUCAAUUCUCGAUCUUUUUUUUCUUCAAAAAAUUCGACAAAAUUUAAACAAAUUUCAUCGUUGUCGAUCGAGUUUUGAGGGGAUUCCGAUCCAGUGUUAUUGGUUUCUUUUUCUUUUUUUUUCUCCGGGUAAAUAUUUGCGUGUAUAUUUGGGUGGGGGGAGAUGUGGGGAGCUGCAGCUGAGCCGGCUGAUUCUUAUUACCAAGUUCGUCCUGAGUGCACAGAUGUGGCCAAAACUAGAUUCAAGAUCAAGCCAGGGAAAACUCUAAGUGUAAGAAAAUGGCAGGCUGCAUUUCUCCAAGACGGGACUCUCGAUAUUGGCAAGACUCUGAGACGAAUCCGAAGAGGGGGAAUACAUCCAUCAAUCAGAGGCGAAGUAUGGGAGUUUCUACUUGGCUGUUAUGACCCAUCAAGUACUUUCGAUGAAAGAGAGCAAAUCCGACAACGCAGAAGAAAGCAGUAUGCUUCUUGGAAGGAAGAGUGUAAGAAAAUGUUUCCUGUGAUCGGAAGUGGAAGUUUCAUCACCGCACCUGUAGUUACUGAAAAUGGUCAACCCAACCUUGAUCCUCUUGUUCUUCAAGAACUCGACUUCGGUACAAACUCAAGUGGUUCAGUUUUCUUUAAAAAGCUCACAAGUCGUGGACCUCUUGAUAAGAAAGUUAUCCAAUGGCUUCUUUCACUUCACCAGAUUGGUCUUGAUGUGAACCGUACAGACAGGUCUUUGGAGUUUUAUGAGAAAAAGGAGAAUCUGUCCAAGCUUUGGGAUAUUCUCUCUGUUUAUGCUUGGAUAGACCAAGAUGUCGGUUACUGUCAAGGAAUGAGUGAUCUUUGUUCUCCAAUGAUUGUUCUUCUUGAAGAUGAAGCUGAUUCUUUCUUUUGUUUUGAGAGAUUAAUGCGUCGAUUGCGAGGAAACUUCCGGAGCACGGGGAGAUCUGUUGGAGUUGAAGCUCAACUUACUCAUUUGUCUUCAAUUACUCAGAUUAUUGACCCCAAGCUUCACCAACAUCUAGAUAAACUAGGGGGAGGUGACUAUCUCUUUGCCAUUCGGAUGCUAAUGGUUCAGUUCAGAAGAGAAUUCUCGUUUUGUGACUCUUUGUACCUUUGGGAGAUGAUGUGGGCUCUCGAGUACGACCCUGAUCUCUUUCACGUGUACGAGGCGCAUCAAUGCGGGAGUGAGAAAGUCGAAGUGUCCAACGGUAAACCAAAGUCGAUGAGCCAAUGCGGAAAGUAUGAGAGGCAGAACAUGAGGAAUGGAGGCAAAAGCGCCGAAGGUCCUUUGCCUAUAUCGGUUUUUCUAGUGGCCAGUGUCUUGAAAGACAAGAGUUCUAAGCUCAUGACUGAAGCUCGUGGACUCGAUGACGUUGUUAAGAUACUUAACGACAUGAGUGGAAACUUGGAUGCCAAGAAAACAUGUUCUGGAGCUAUAAAGAUUCACAAGAAAUAUCUGAGAAAGGCUAAGAAAUAGCACUGCCGAACAUUCAUGAUUCCCCUGCUUAAACCCGUGGAAUCAUGAUAAAACCUUUUUAAUGAUUGAUUCCUUGGGUAGAAAGCAAUCUGGAAAAUCUUGGAGGCUUGAAUUAAUACACCCAACAUAUACACACAAAUACAAAAAGAAAAAAACAUAUUUGUAAGCUGUUCAUAAAAUUUGAUGUUGCAUUUAUAUAUGAACAACAAGAUGUUUUCUUUUUGUAUUUACCAAAGGGGGAAAUGAAGAAGGAAAUAGUCUGUUCUUAAGUUCA